UCCUUCAGUUUGACUUGGUGUUCACUGUGAGAGGGAGCGGGGCUCAUUUUGAGUGUCUACACACAUGUGACAGCCAGGGGACCCGUGGACCAACAAGGACCCCAUAGUUUCUGGACUAACAUGAUGGUGCAUAGGCCUGUAAUGGAGACCAACAGUGCUAGAAAUCCUACAGCAGUCCUCAGUGGGCCACCUGAACCGAUGGUUACACCUGCUCCACGCCCAUGUCAGUCAGACAGUUUGCUGGAUGACGCUAAGACUGGAGCCACCUUGCUGUUCUCUGGAGUGUUCCUAGCCCUUGUGGGUGUCACUUUCACCACCAUGGGCUGGCAACACUACCCAGCCAACCCCAACUUUGAGUGGACCCAACUGCUGGGCCCCAUCCUGAUCUCUGUUGGAGGCGCUUUCAUGUUUACCAGUGUCUGCAAGUUUGGGAUCAUCUCCUGCUGGCCCUGCAGACAGUGGAAUGAAGAAGUGCUUGUAAUGCCAGUGAUGGAGCAAACCUCAGCGGGACAUACAUUAAGCGGCAUAAAUCAACCAGUCAUGUUACAAGGUGCCACAACAAUGGCAUGUAUUCCACCUGUGUAUGAUUUUAUGACCCAGGAAGUAUGCCAGGCUAUUGAAUUCCAGCCUGGCAGGUCUUUGAAUGGCAUCCUUACAGCCCAUCCUCCACAUGACACUGUGCACUGUGUGGAUAACGCAGCUUUCAUUGCAGAAGAAGACAGCUCCGCUCACAGCAAAGAAACAGACCGCAGAAGAAGCAGGAUUGAGAAGACAGAGGAUGAAAGAGGAAGUUGUGACGAGAGCGGCUCUACCUGUUCACGUCCACCUGCAUACGAAGACAUCUACCCUUCCUUUAACAAACACAAUCUGACAUAAACGCCACCCGAAACUUCUCCUGAAUGUCAUGUCUUUCUUAGAUGACACUCUUCCUCUUUCUUGUUAACACAUUCAAGGAUGAUACGUCAAAGUGAUUUGACAAGAUGUCCUGCAAAACAAAACUUCAAUAUCCCUGGUAUUUUAUUCCACAGCAAAACAAGAGUAUUUUAGGUUUCACUUUUCUCUCACAGCUGUUAUCAUGUAGAGUUACCACAAUAAUUAUGUAUGAAGUCAUAAAAUCCACUAAGAUGAGGCUCCCUGGAAGAAAACCUCAUUAAAAUGGAGAUUUAUGGGAAAACUCAGCUCUAUCUGAGGGCUCUAAGGUUUUGGAAACUUAGAGAUACUAAAUUUACAUUCAGCAUAAAAAAACACACAUUUAUCCAGUGCUUGUUGCCUCUCAAUAGCUGCACAAACCACUGUACAUGCUCAUUAAAUGUUGGCAGAGGAAAUGAAGACAGCCACUAUUGCCUGAAACAAACAUGGGGACAAUUUAUCAGAGAUACUUUAAAAAAAAAUGUUUUUAUGCUGGGAGAAAAUUAACAUCAAAAGAGCAAAAAGUCAUAAUGGUCAUUUAAUUAAAUUUAGUUGUAAUUGUUCACAUGUUGGCAGCAUGUCUCAUAUUUGUGUGUGGUGUUUAAAGAGGCCAUGAAAGUCAAAGUAUGAUCACCUCAACAUGAGCAAAUCUCUGUCAAAAUGUCUAGAGUUUAGAAUAGCAAUGAACAUACUAUACUACUACAACUACAACUACAACUACUACUAAUAAUAGGUAAUAGACCUUGGGCCAGCAGUCCACUCCGAUUAAGCUGAAGUGUCCUGUUUAUUUCCCAUUUUCCUGCAGGAUCAUUCAACUAAAUGUAAGAGUUUACUGAGGAGUUCACUCUCAGUUGUGUUUGCAGGAUAAACACAAGUGUCACUGCACCACAUGGGGGCAGAAACACUGAGGAAAUCAAUACACCUUCACUCACCUUACCAAGAUUAGGGAAGCCUACAGUAUAAUCAGUAUAACAACAACAACAACAACAAAACAUUUCGAGUUGGCAAUAAAUUAAACAAUAUUUGCUCUUUUAAAUCGAGGCUUGCAGCUUUUCUGUUCAUCACUGUCAUUUAUUAGAUUACAUUUGGGACUGUUCAUACUUUAGCUUAUUUUUAUCUUCUGUUUUUGUUUACUUCUGUUAAAUAUCCUUAUUUCUAUGUGUCCUUUGCCUUUUUCAUGUCUCACAGUACAGCACUUUGAAUUGUCUUGUUGUUGAAAGGUGCCAUAUAAAUAAACUCGCCUUGCAAAAACAA